GCCAAGGUCACCCAGGUGGACAAGAGAAGGAGGUAUAAGUGCAAAUGCACCUACUCGGAAUUGGAGAGAGGUUGUAAGUCAUGUAACUGACCUAGUUGGUAGUGAGGGUCAUGUGGCUCUUGUGAGUUACUGGGAAGGGUCUGUUAGAAUAAUGAGUG